UUGCUUACUCUCGAUGUCUGUUCUGCGAUGCCGGCAACUACGGCUACUUUGGCUAUAGGAGAGCGGUCGAGAAACACAUAACAGGUCGCCUCUCCUCUUAUAUAUAUAUAUAUAUGGAACUCCCUGACAUCUGGUUGCAUGGUUGUUGGGACUAAAUAAGACAAAGGUAAAAUGGCAACAGGCUACACUCUUCCCUCCCUGACCACUGUAAUCUGCGGAGUAUUUACAGCUUACAUUAUCCAUUCUGCCUGGACCCUGGGACAGCUUUUCAUGCCACCAUCUUGUCCAGAAUAUUCUGAAUGUUUACACCCUCUUAUUGCUCAGGAACCAAAAUUUCAGCUCUUAGCCUUUACAUCUCAGAAAAAGAUGCCAGAAUAUGCUACAGACCUCAGACUGGUGCACAGGGUACAUCAGUUUGAUUAUUUAAAGGAACAAGAAGAGUUAGUAGAGGUUCUAUUACCUAAAAGAGUCAGAAAUAAUGGCUCCUUAUAUCUUCAUAUAUUCUUAACUUCACCCUCAGUUGACCCAGAGGAUUGGGGUAGUGUAGUCAAAGAUGAUCUCGCUGUGUAUGCUAUGGCUCACCUUACGAAGUAUCAUAUUCCUGAAGCUGCGACAAUUAAUUUACUUGGUGGAGAAGAGAAGAAGCAAAAACCCCAAUCAGGGAGAAAAAGACCAGUCACUCACUUCCAGUCACUGAUAGUGUUUAACAUUCUUACUGAUCCUGUUAGUCUUCCUCGUAAUGCUGUGCCAUAUGAUAUAGGUCGCUCUCUCAGGUUGGAUUCCAAUGGACAGUACCUCCCAAUCAUGUAUGUGGAUAGUCUUAGUGCACGCUUAAGAGAUUUGGUGGAAGUAGAUUCUUCAAUGAAAGAGACAAACUUGACUCUAAAAUACAGCCCAAUAUCAUAUGGAAAAAUAAGAUUAUGGAUGCAGUUUGAAGCUGCACUGCAUCCUAUGGCACAUUUAGGAUUCUCAGAUAAGGACUUGGAUGAAGUGAAGGGCAUUUUCUCAGAUACAAACCUUUACUUCUUAUGUGUAACUUUUUUGGUUGCAGCCUUACAUAUGCUGUUUGAUUUCUUGGCAUUCAAGAAUGACAUAUCUUUUUGGCGAGGAAGAAAGACAAUGGAAGGAAUUUCUUCAUCUACAGUUGCUUGGCGAGCUUUCUCACAGAUCAUCAUUUUCUUGUACUUAUUAGAUGAAAGUACCAGCAUGUUGGUAUUAGUUCCCACUGGCAUAGGUGGAGUCAUAGAGCUAUGGAAAGUGACCAAGGCCUUCCAUAUCAAAUUUGAUAGCUGGAGGCCUAAGGUUACAAGUGCAAGAACCUCUGGUGAGAACACUACGGAGAAGCUUGACUCUGAAGGCAUAAAAUACCUUAGCUACUUGAUGUGUCCCCUGCUUGUGGGGCUGGCUGUAUAUUCACUACUGUAUACACCACACAAAAGCUGGUAUUCGUGGGUGAUCACCUGCCUUGUGAAUGGAGUUUAUGCUUUUGGGUUCCUCUUCAUGCUACCACAAUUGUUCAUUAACUAUAGACUGAAGAGUGUAGCCCACCUUCCUUGGCGAGCAUUCAUGUACAAGGCAUUUAACACCUUCAUAGAUGAUCUGUUUGCAUUCAUCAUCACAAUGCCUACUGCCCACAGAGUAGCUUGUUUCAGAGAUGAUGUGGUAUUUGUGAUUUACCUCAUACAAAGAUGGCUGUAUCCAGUUGACAAGAAGCGUGUAAAUGAAUAUGGGGAAUCAGGAGAGCAGCCAAAGAAGAAAGAAGACUAAUUUUGGGAGAAUAUAAUUUAUCGUGUUAUAUAUCAGACACACUUAAAUAAAUAGUUUUAGAGAGGUUCAUAUAAAUUUCAUCUAUAAUAGGUUAUUUUCUAGUGUAUUUUCUUCCUUAGAACAUUCCCAGUGGAAUUGUUUAGGAAGUACAUUCCAUUCUGCUAUUAUUUUUUUCCUUUUGAGUAACAGACAGCACAAAUUAUAGGAUUGGUUUGGUUGAUCGUAAGUUUAGCACAAAUCUUCAUCAUUUUUUCAACCUGACUAUCAAAGGUAAUUUCUGAUACCUUUAGUGUAUUACAAAGUGAAUAAGCUAUUGGUGUGUUAAAUAUACUAAAGCAUCAGUGAUUGAGGAAAUCAGUUUCACUUUGCAGUGUGAAUAGAAAACAAAAGGUAUUUUAAAAGAUUAAAAGAAAUGUAAAUUAAAAUUAUUUGUUUUGCAGAUGAAAGAGGAAAAUGUAAAUGUUAUGUGGAUUAUGUGUAUUCUUUGGAUUUGUACUUUAUACUUCCUACUUCUGUAGAUAUGCUUGUAAACUAGUUGUUGAUAUCUAUUGCUUUAUUUAUUUAUGAAGAUAUUCCAGAUAAGUGUCUAAGACUGUGAUGGAUAGUCAGUCCGAUACAAGUUAAAAUGUAUGAAUCAAAUGAUUUUGGUUAUCUUCCUGAAGAUAGCCAUAAAACUUGGAAAUGCAAAUAAGCAAAGCCAUUAUUGUUGUAAUUUUUUGUUUAGAUAUCAUAGAAAUACAAUAUAGAAUUAUUACCUAAUUCGUAAUAUUGCAGAUUCUUAUACUGUUUGUAUUUGUAAGGGACCUCAAAAAGAAUGAAAUGCAAAUUUGGGGAAGUUAAAAAAAAA